AUGCAAAAAUGGAUCGUCAUUCAACCAUCAAAAUGUCUCGAAUUUCUAUAAAGUCCAAGGAAUCAAGUGGUCGAUUAUUGCGUCGGAAAAAAAAAGUAAUGGAAACCAUGAAAAUCUUGAAACCAAUCAACUUUUGUUGUACAAUGGAAGAUGUCGAUUCUAUGUUUAAAUAUGAUCAACGUAAACCACCUUAUACGUCUUCUUUGACCGCGAUAAGUUUGUUACAAGAAUCUCCAGCAAUAAAAUUACGCACACAAUAUGUUAAUCGCUUGAACACAUUGUCAAGAAGGUCAACGAUGAGAGGCAAGGAUAUACAGUUCGCUCGAAUGAAAUCUGAAAAUCUUGGUAUUUCUUCGAUCAUUGGAUCAAAUCAAUGGUACAUAGAAGAUGAGAUUGCGUUAGCCAAAGAUAUCUUAUGGGAAGAUAGAUUACGUAAGAGCGACGAGGAAGCCCGACGAAAUGUUCGUAUUGGAAAAGAAAAAAUGGAAAAUAAAUUGAAACAAAUAAAAAAUGUUGCUGGACCACGAUGGUAUCAAGAUUUCUCAAUAGAUCAGAUGAAAAAUCUAAUGAUAUUGGAGGAUAUGAUAAUGGCUGAUUACAAACAAAUGGAAACUGUUCGUACUAAGAAAACGCUUAUGGACAUAGGAGUAUUAUCGACAUUUUUUCAAAUGGAUCCAAAAAAUAUCAGAAAAAUGCAACGAUUGUGUGACUUCAAGGCGAUUGAUUUUUUACGAGAAAUUUACAGAUUACUUACUGGAAAUUAUUUCGAAGAGGAAGGCUACAAGAAUAAUUAUGAUUGCAACGAGAGAAUCAUUUUAUCCGCCAUUGCUUUCUUGUCAUUGCCAGAAACGAUUAUCGAAUUAAAUAAAAGAUUACCUUCUGUUAUUAUGCCAAAAAUUCCUCCAAAACGUAACGACAUUAUUGUCUUUUCUUUUUCUCUCUCUCUCUCUCUUUUUUUUUUCUUCUUCUUUGUUUUUCUUUUAUCAAUCUUAUUAAAUUUUGUAGCUCUUCCAAUGAAGGUUCUACCAAGAAAAAAAGCAAGUUCACCGUAUAAGGAAGAACUCUUUACACGUCCAGAUUGGGUAACUUACUUGAAUCGUUUGGAAAGUUGGCGAAAAUAUUGUAAAUCGAUAGCAAUGCCAAAAGUGACUCUACCUGAUCCAAGUUGUCCAAUAUUUACUUACAAAGAAGAGUUGCGAAACGUCGAAAUAAAUCAUAAAAUUGUUAAAAACGAUCUUUUGAAAAAUAAUUCGAAGAAAGAAGUCUUAGGUUCAGCGAAACACGAAGAUAGAGUAAUGGAACUUAAUGAAAAUAUGAACAUUCGUGAAUCUAUUAAAAAACGUCUUAGUGUUGAUAAAUCUGAUAUCUUUAAAUCGCCCGAGGAAAAUCAAGUUUUCGAUUUCACAUUUUCCGGAUUGAGCGAAAACCAAACUGAUCCAGUACAAUAUAAGAUUUGUGGAACACUUAAUCCACCUCGGGAAAAUAAAAAAUCCUGGCUGGGAGAAAAGGAUGCACAUUUUAUUAUAAGCGGUGUCUCGGAUGAACCACCUCAGUGUCCUGUUUCUUUUGAGAUGACAGGAGUGGCUAAUGUUACGCCAAUAAAUAGCGACGAGAGAUUCUUCACAGUGUUGAAGCUUGGCGAUGGCCCUAAUAAGAUUUAUCCGAGUGGUCGAAAAAAUCUUUCGAAGAACUGGCAAGAAUGGUUACACAAUGCAGACGAAGAAUUUAUAAAAGUAGAGAAGGAAGCAAACAAGAUAUUGAAAAACGUUGAGGCUACGAUGAGACUAGUUUUUCCAGGACCAAUAUGUGAUAGUUGUUGUUCUUGCAGGCAAACCAGAAAGACUAAUAUCAUAAGUAAAAAAACGAAGGCACCUUAUAUGGUCAUUGAUACUUUAACCGAAGACGAUCGAAAACAAAAAUACAUAGUCGGAUCAAUGGCACUUCAUUCACCAGCGCUUACACCUGAUCAAUCUACGGUAAAUUUGAUCGAUGUCAUUGCUUCCGAGGAUAAAAUUACUACGAACGUUGUUAUAAAUGGCGUUACUACUGCGAAAGGCGAGAAAAAAUAUUAUAUAACUGGUAUGGCGAAAGAUACUAUUCAUAUUCCUUCAAAAAAGGUCGAAUCAUCUCCACCAUUGCUAACUAAAAAUAUUCCACCGUGUACAUGUGCCAUUCAACAAAUGUUCAAUCAAAAUGUGACUCCAAGAUUGAGUACCGACAACAUCCCAUGGACCAAAAAGGAAGGUUUAUGUUUAGGAAAAAAAUAUAGACCUGAAACAAUUUCAGCUUAUUCUUGUAAAGUCUAUCCAGGUGAUAAAUUCUGUAGAUUGAAUCCCUUUCUCAAGGAAGUUGCUAGAUUAGAAAGAAAAAAGAAUAAAAAGGAAAAGUCUGAAGAUGAUUAUUAUACCAAGAAGAAAAGAAGAAUGUAUAGUAUCGCUGAUUUUCAACCUUGCGGUGAUGAACAUGGUAUGCAUACCUGUGACGGUCCAUGGGGUACUCUUAACAUUUUAACUCCCGACGAACUGAAGGAACAGGAAAAAGAACGAAAAGAGAUUUUGAGGGGCCCACCAUGCGGAAUAAAACCAGGACGUGCUGUUUGCGAAGGACCUUUUGGUGAGAGAAUACCACAUCCAAAAAGGUCCAGGCCAACAGACGAUGAGGAAGAAAUAGAGGAAGAGGAAGAAGAGGAAGAAGAAGAAAAAAGAGAAAUAAAAAAGCCUGUUCCAAUGAAAAAGGAGAAAAUUCUACGACGUGACAAACUCUGUCACGCUAGUCCAGAAACCAUAGCAGCUGAGAAAAAGACUGUUGAAAAAAAAGUUACCAAAUUUAUACCUGAUCCAGAUUAUCAUGGUUACGAUGAUCCAUGGAAUGUUGCUCGUACUGCACCAUCGGUCAAGGAAACUAUUACGGAAUAUGAACAAAAUUUAAAACUUUCAACUCCUAAACCAAGAUCGGAUCCAUCUGAACCUAUUAUUGAAGUUUUGAAGAAGAAAAAGAGUAAAAAAUCUGAAAUUCUUACAUCAUUGAAAGAUAGUUCGUUGAAAGCCUCGUCCGACAAACAUAAAGUUUUGUCUACAAAAAUACAUUCGGAUAAGAUUAAGAACGAAACUAAGAGUAAAAAGAAACCCGUAGUAAGUAUCAAAAAAAGAUUAGACGUUAUUGAAACCUCGAAGAAGCAUUUGCGAAGGAGAAUUUCCUCUUUGCCGUUCAAAAGGAAAAGAACGAAUUCCUUUUCGAAGAGAGGAUUUUUACAAAAAGAGAAAAUUAAAAGAACAAAUGGUACUCAUAAAAGUAAACAAGAUACGAAACCAAUUGUGAAAAUGAAAGAGAAGAACGAAAGAUCGCCGCAGAUGACAAAAAAAUUUAUUAAAAAUGAUGGCGAGAAAAGAAAAUUUAAAAAUAAAUUAAAAUCGUUUUCAGAUAAUUCAACGAUUGAAUGUAAAAAAUCCUUUAAAAACGAUCCACGAAGUUCUUACGAUCAAAAGCUAGAGAAAGGUGGGAAAAAACAAAAUAAGAGAAAUACGAACGAAAGUAUGAUUAGAAAAAUUUCAAGAGAUCAUCCUGCAAUAAAUUUGAAAAAUAAAAGUAUAUCUAAUUCUCAGGAAUUCACAAAAUUUAGCGAGAAGAAAUCAAAAAAAAAGAAAUCGUUGACGAAGGAGGUUGGCGUUGCCCUUACAUCGGAAUAUCUCGAUAAAGAAAUGAAAAGAUUGAAGAGCAUGAUGGUAUCACCUGACAUCCAUCUCAAUGACGUUCAGCCAAUUAUUCUUCCUGAAGAACCACCAUCGUAUUGUCAACAUGAAUAUGGUGACACUUUGCAAAAGGAUUCAACUUUUGAUGAAACCAUUAGCAAAGAGAAGAUCUCGAAAAAAGGUCCAUGCGGUUGGAGGACGAAAUCGGAACAGGAAUUGCCUGUUAAAAAGACUUUGGCCUAUUUGACUGAUCCUGAUCCACCAAUCGAGAUGGUUCCUGUGAGACCAGGUGGGAAAGCUUGUAUUUGUCGUGAAAAUAGGAAUAAGAAAAAAAUUCUGAUGUAUCAGAUUGGUGGAUCAGUUGGGAAGGCAAAAAUUGAAUUGGAUAAAGUCGGUAGAACUAGCGUUGGAAGGGUUAGCAUAAAAAAGAAAGAAAAAGAGGAGGAACAUGAUAAUACUCGAGUAAUAGAGGGUGUUAUUUAUUAUACACCACCGCCAAGUCGAAGAAGAAGCGACGAGUAUAUUCCCGAAUACGAUGUUUAUGAAUCACCUUAUGAAAUAUGUGCUUAUCGACCCAAGAACAGUUUUAUGAAUAUGUUAGAAAAAUACAUGACACCUCCUGGCAUUAUAUCGAAGACACGAAAUAACAUUAAACCAUGCGAUUGUAGUGAUUAUUUAGAUAUUUAUGGUGUAGCCGGUGAACAUGCUGAAAUAGAAGAGUCCAAAAGAUUACUUGAGGAAAGAGAAAAAUUGAUGGAAUCGAAAUCACCAAAGGAACGUUGGACUCUAGCUCUGAAGGACAAUGAUUUAAUGGAUUAUUAUGCCGGUUGUAAACACAAAGUACCUUGUUGGUCGAAGUGUGCCAGAUUAAAUAAAUAUGCCUGUCCUCCGAAGCCGCGAAGAUUAAAAGUUAAAAAGCCUGUAUGCGAGUGUAAGUACGAGAGAAAAAUAGUAGAGAAUAAAGAAGAAAAGAUCAAGUGGAAGGAACGUCAAAAUAAACUAAGAAACUUCAAGAAGAAAGCUUAUACAAAUGUGAAGAAUAUUUCGAGACCUAUGAAAGCUGACACAAAAAUGAUUAUAUCUGAUGUUAAGAGAAUUCCUCGUGAAGAUGAGUACAUAGACGAUGUACAAUAUUGUAUAUCAGGUAUAAUAGAAAAUUAUACUAUGGAUCCAAAAGUAACAACAGUUGUGGAAGGUUUAAAUAUGGCCACACCUAUACAUACACCAAAACCAAGCAAGGAAGAUAUACCAUGUGUUUGUUUGCAUAGUCAUUGGUCACCAACGAAUAUACCACCUGGACCAUUACCUAGAAAAGAUGAAGCAUUGAUAGAAGAAAGAAAACGUAGAGAUAAGUACUUGGAAGAGGCAGCACGAAUAAUUUAUGGUCCUAACGAUGAAGAAAGUAAAUCUGAAAAAUGUUAUCGCAAUUGUAAAACCAAUUGUAAGAUUGAAAAUCAUAAUCAAGAAUCAAAAGUUGACAAAGAUCAAGGAGAUAAGAAUCUUUAUCAAGACAACGUUGAUUUGGGAGACUUAAUAAAAAAAGAAUUGAAAUCAAUGGCAACAGAGGGAUUUCUUUUUGCCAAAUUACCAAAAUGUCAUCGGAUGCCACAAAUUCAGAACUGGAUUAUGUAUAGAAAAGGAUUCGUUUUCACCGACAAAGAGAAAGAGGAAUUAAUGACCCUGACGCUUAUGGUUUGGGCGAUGGCUGAUGUAAUUAAACAACCGGAUAUUAUGGUUCCGUCCUUGGAUAUGUCCAAGAAAGAAAUUCGAGAAUUAACAUUCGAUCGAGUUGAAGAAAUGAAGAAAAAAAUCGCUAUGAAAAAUGCCAUAUUCUACAGUCGUUUACGAAAAAUGCGUGUAUUAUAUAGCCAGUAUAUGUGGAGCACCAUGGAAUUUCGAAAGCAUCCAUCUUUGUCAUUUAAAAGAGCCUAUUUCACUUAUAUGGCUUCAAAGGAAGCUGAUGGACACGUUUUUAAACCUUGGAUGAUAAAUGAAGUUCGUGAAAAAGAUUAGUUUCUAUUGCUCAUACGUUAUUUCUUAUUAAAAUUCUAUUAUCCUGCGAAGUUCUUAAUGUUUAUCAAAAUUAUAACAUACAUAUAUUUAAUUAAAACCCUGAGAAAUAAAAAUAUAAGGACAAAUAAAAAAACGAAGAAAAAAUUAAAGAGAAAAAACACCUUCUAUUAUAUUUUUCCAAAUCGUUAUUCUGUACAAACAUUGCUAUUGCGAUCUCGAAGAAGUAAAAAAGAAAAAAAAAAAAAGAAACGCAUAAAAUAAUAAAAUUAAAUAAAUACAAAUAA